AUGAGCAAUGGUUGCUAAGAAUCUAGCAAUUAAAUUAAUGAAAUUAAGAAUUCAAGUGAUCAGGAUCGAGAUAAAUUUAUACUUUAGAACAUAGAUGAUCCUAAAAUAACAACUAAUUAAGGAAAAGUUAAGAUCAUUCAAAAACCAGCUACAAAUAUUGAUAACUGUUCAUCUGGGAGCGAGGAUUUAUUUAAUGAUGAGGAUUCUUCAGUACUAAGUGAGUCCUCUCCAUCAUAAAAAAAUAAUAGAAUAUCUUGCAAAAGUAAAGUUAAUUUUUCAAAACUGAGUAAUGAUGAGAAAGUAAUGAGACUACAGAAUAUGGCAAAUAAGAUUAAAAAAUUAAAGCAGCAGGUUAGAUCACUUAAAAAUUAUAAAAGCAAGAAGGCACUUAAAGCAAAAGCUAUUUUUGCUUCAAUGCAAAAUAAGACAUUGACUCCAGUUUGCUAAAGCAUAAUAUCCUAAAUUCCUUCAACUUAGUAGAUUGAAUAAAAGUAUUAAUAAGAAAAUUUAAUAAAUUAAGAAAAGUUUGCGGGACCUCCUGCCUCUUUCAAAUAAAACUAAAAGUAAUUUGGGUCAUUGGACACAGACGGAAUGGUUUAAACUAUUCCAAAUACAAUCUCUGCUAUUUCACAACACAAUCCGGCUAAUUAAAUGCUUUCUGGAUUGAGUUAUCAAUAGAUACAAAAUAAUAUGAUGUUUGUCGGGAACUCUUACUUCCGCUUCAAAACUAAUAACAAUUUAAAUAUGCUGCGCCUUACCCUAAUAAUAACCUUUUUGCUAUUAACCAAACAAAUUAAUAAGAAACUUUGCAAAUUCAGAAUGAUAAAAGUCUUCAAUCAGUUAGUCUCAAAGACCAUGUCAAUAAUCUAUAAUAGACUUCUUUGA